AUGCUGUACGUGGAGCAGUUGCUCAUCAUGGUGCUCGUCAUGGAUGGAUGGAAGAAUAUGCUCUGGAGAAUAUGGGAGAAGCAUGGAAGCUAUGUGCUCUGCAUGAUGGUUGGUGGUGCUCUUCAUGGUGGCUCGUUCUUCUACAUGGUGGCUGUCUUAUCUUCUGGCCCAACCGGGCGAAGCUGCUCAACUUGUGGCCAGAUGGGGGCCAAUGGAGCGUGGAGGGAGUGUGGACAGCUGUGCUCAACAUGGUUGGACAAUGGAGGAAUAUGGGACCCGGUGUGGUGGUUUUGUCUACAUGGCUCGUCUACAUGGUUGGUGGUCUCGUCUACAUGCUGGAAUGGUGGAUGAUCUUCA